GGCCCGAGGGGGCGUGGCCUCGCGGCGUCCGUUGCGUUGGGCGGCGGCGCGAAGAUGGCGGCGGGCGCGGGGCCCUCGCGGCGGGGGCGGCGGUUCCGGCGCUGACGGGACCGGAGCCGCCGCGACCUUGAGCGCAGCAGCAGCAUGGACAGAGGAGCCCGGCCACCACUCCGAGUGCCGCCACGGUGCAGCCAGGACGCCGCCGGAUCCCGCUGGGUGCCGUGACGGCGUUCCGGUGCCGAUGGAGCGGAUGAGCUGGCUGAGCAGGCUGACGCCGCGGGCGGCGGGCGGGCAGCGAGCACCGCGCCGUGCCAGCCUCCAGAGCCCGGUCACUGCCGACCCCGAGACCUGCCUGAUGGCGUUCCAGAACCACUGGGCCCAGGUCCUGCACAUCCUGGAGCGCCGCGGCGCCGCUCCGGCUCCCGAUGACCUUAGCUCGGUGCGGAACAACACCUUCCAGAUGCUGAACCUCCUGGCCGAGGAUCGCCCGCGCGCCGACGGGACGCGGGGCCCCAUCCUGGAGUUCGUGGCAUCGGAAAACCUGCUGGAGCGGCUGCUGAGCUGGCACGCGCAGGCGGAUUUCACUGAGGAGCGCAAGGCCGAGCAGCUCAAGCUCUACGAGAUGCUCAUCAGCCAAGCGCGGCAGCCGCUGCUCCGCGAGAAGCCGGUGCUGACGCCGCUGCUCCGGCUCCUGGCGCUCUGCUCCCGGCCGGCCUCGGCACCGCUGGAGAACAGCCUCGUGCUGCUGCUCAACCAGCUCUGCGUCUCCGUGGCCAAGGAGCCGCCCAUCCUGGAGCUCUUCUUCCACAGCCCGGCCGAGCAGGGCCCGGCCAACCUCAUCAUCUUCUCCCUCCUCAUCCCCUUCAUCCACCACGAGGGCGCCCGCGGUCAGCAGGCGCGCGACGCGCUGCUGCUCAUCAUGGCCCUGUCGGCCGGGAACCGCGCCGUCGCCCAGUCCAUCACCGACAACUCCUACUUCUGCCCGGUUCUGGCGACGGGGCUGAGCGCGCUGUACUCCUCGCUGCCGCGGAAGCUGGAGGUGCGCGGCGACGACUGGCACUGCCUGCGCCGCGAGGACUGGAUCGGCGUCUCCUCCCUCGUCCUCUUCAUGAAUUCCUUGGAAUUCUGCAAUGCCGUCAUCCAGGUGGCGCAUCCGCUGGUGCGGAAGCAGCUGGUGGAUUACGUGCACGAUGGGUUCCUCGUGCCCGUCCUGGGGCCGGCGCUGCACAAGCCGUCGCUGGAGGAGACGAUCGCGAGCACCGCGUACCUGGAGCUGUUCCUGCGCAGCGUCACCGCACCCGCCCUGCUGCACACCUUCCUGCGCUUCCUGCUGCUGCACCGCCACGACGGCCGCAGCCUCCUCGACACCCUGGUGGCGCGCCUCGGCGCCAGCUCAAGGCUGUGCAUGGUGUCGCUGAGCCUGUUCCGGACGCUGCUGGGGCUGCACUGCGAGGACGUGAUGCUGCAGCUGGUGCUGAGGUACCUCCUGCCCUGCAGCCACCUGAUGCUGAGCCAGCGCCGCGCCGUGCGCGACCUCGACAUCUACGGGCGCUCGGCCGCCAAGUUCCUGUCGCUCAUCCCGCGCUGCUGCCGCCCCGAGAGCCCGGCUGAGCACCAUCCGGACCGCGACGCCCGGACACACGCCCCCGGCAGCCCCGUUCCGGACGCGGCGGUUGCAGCGCCGAAGCCGUCGACGCCGUCGCGCCUCUCGCUGUUCCUGCGCCAGGCAACCCCGGAGGCACCGACGCCGCGCUCUCCCGGCACACCGAGCGGGAGCCCGUGCCGCCGCACCGCACCCUGGGAGGAGGUGGCGGAGCUGGACCGCAACUACCUGGAAUACCUGCGGGAUGCGCGCCGCGCCGUGGACCACUGCGCCUGGGCGUGCCGCGUUUGGUCGGCGCCCUAUGACGGCGAGGACCCUGGCGAGGCUGCGCUUGCCGCGCCGCCCUCACCUGCCCUGCGGACUAAAAAGCGGGGCCUCCCGGCAGAGCGGGAACGGGAAGCACCGGGCAGCGCCGCGGUGGCGGCGGCUGAGCCGCGGGACUCGGCCCUGGUGAACGGGGCGCACGCGGCGGCGCGUCCGGAGGCAGACGUGGCCGUGAAGAAGGUUCGGCGCAGCGGUGGUACGGAGCCGUGUGCCGAGCGUGGGGAGGCCGCCAACAGCUGGGAGUCGCCGCCGGCGGCGUUGGACUCGCUGCUGGACGAGCUGCUGGCCCGCGCGCCCGCCGAGCCCGGCGGCGUCACCAUCGAGGCCUUCACGGCGGAGCUGCGCGAGCUGGAGGCACGCCUGGCCAACGGUGAUGCCGAGCCGCCCCCGGAGCCGCCGGCGCGUGACGACGACGAUGACGGCGAGGCCGAGGUGCCGCGGCCCACCCCGCCGCGGGCGGUGGGGCCGCCGCCGGGCCAGCCCUGCACAGGGCCCUUCCUGGCGGCGCUGCUGGGGAAGCUGGAGAACCUGCCACACAACUCGCUCUACGUCAACUUCCUCCUGACGGGGCUGGUGGCCCAGUUGGCCACCUACCCCCAGCCCCUGCUCCGCUCCUUCCUCCUCAACACCAACAUGGUCUUCCAGCCCAGCGUCAAGUCCCUCCUCCAGGUCCUCGGCUCCGUUAAGAACAAGAUCGAGAGCUUCGCGGCCACCCAGGAGGACUUCCCGGCGCUGCUCUUUAAGGCCAAGAAGUUCCUCAUCGCCCGCGGGAAGCUCGACUGGGCGGAGGCGUCCGGCACCGUCCCGGCCCUGCGGCGCACGGAGACGCCUGGCCGCAGCCGGAAGCCGUCUCUGGGGGAGCUGCUGCUGCUGCGGCGCGGGCCGAGCCCCCCCCCCUCCGCGGGGCCGCGCUCUCCGCCGCGCGGGGCCCCCCGCGCGCCCCCCCCCGCCGCCGCCGCCGCCGCUCUGCGCGUGCGCAACGCCGUCUACGGAGCCGUCGUGUUCUGCGAGUUCCUGAAGGAGUUGGCGGCCCUCGCGCAGGCGCACGCCGUCACCCCCCCCUUCCUCGGGGAACCCCCCGAGGACUGACACCCCCCCUGCACCGCGGCCAAUGAGGGGGGAACG